AUGAGCAAUAUAUUCCACCAUGAGGCAAGACCACUUUGGAGCGAGGGAUCAUCAGAUAUAAUCUUGGAAGCGAAUCCAACAUCACAACCCUGUGGCCUAGCUCGUCAUGCCUCACAAGAUUCCUUCUCAUCAACUCCUUUUCCCCAUAAUGCAGCAAUUCUCACUUCAUCCGCCAACACUAAUGGAGGGAAUGGACAGAUUCGAUGGGCGAUGCUCGCCGCAGCAUGUCUCGUCAUGUUUGGCAAUUAUUAUGCCUUUGAUAAUCCGGCCUCAUUGAAUCAGCCACUACAGGAAUACAUGCAAAUGACAGACGAGAUUUAUGCCUAUUUUCUCAACAUCCUUUACACUGCCUAUUCCCUACCAAAUAUUGUCUUGCCUUGGUUGGGUGGCUAUGCCGCAGACAAGUUUGGUCAUAGGCGGCUUCUUCUCUCACUGUCCGCAACAGUAGCAUUCGGCCACUUUGUAGUAUGUCUUGGGGUUGAGAAGAGAAAUGUUCCCGCCAUAAUCCUAGGAAGGGUGCUCUUUGGCGCUGGCGAGAGUUUGGCGGUUACACAAUCUGCUAUCACUGUCAAGUACUUUCGAGGAAAGGAGUUAGCGAUGGCGUUGGGAUUUAACCUUUGUGUUGCUCGACUAGGGAGCGUUUUGAAUGAUGUGCUUACACCAUAUAUUUGGUCAAAGUCUUCAGUCCCUGCAGCAUUCUGGGGUGGAUUUGUCUCCUGCGUGCUAUCGUUCAUGACAGCGUGCGUGUUAGUGUUACUUGAUUAUCGUUUUGAAUCGACUAUUGCUACAGGAUUCAUGCGUGUGCCAACAACUUAUCCCAGCAAUAUAAGGCUAUCUCAUGAUUCAGUGCUGCUGACAAGAGAGCGCAGCAGUAACGCCAGUGUAAAUCCAAUGUCCAGAAGACACUAUGAUCCUCUAACUCAUAGCAUUGGAACCAAAUCAUCCAUAGACGAAACAAUAAAUAUGGCAGUAUUACAUACAUCAGGAAGGACAAUCAGGGGCAGCUCAGAAGGAUAUGCUCGAGAGCAGGUUACAGAAUAUACUAUGGUAGAUCCAGAAGAACCGGAUACCAAGGAAUUAGCUUGUAGGGCACGUGAGAGUGUGGAGCUCGGAUCUGAUAAUCAGGAUGAUUCGGAUACAGAGGAAGAAGUAGCAAAACUAGCAUCAUCCUCUGAAACGGAGGAUCCCAAUCGGAAUGGUAGAGUCUCUCCCUUCUCACAAUGCUUAGCAAUUAUGGUGGCAGCCAGUAACUAUACUCAGUCCUUUUGGACAUUGUUUGCAAUGACAUUUUUACUUGUUGGUGUUCAAGUGCCGUUCAACAGUAUCCACGCAGGAUUUCUGCAGAUGCGCUGGUAUCACAAUGAUCCCCAAAAAGCCGCUCAAAUCAUGACAGUCCCAGAUCUGUUGUCAGCGAUCCUUGUACUUCCUGUUGGCUACUUUGUUGAUCACUAUGGACAAAAAUCAUGGUUGUUUAUGCUCUGCGGCCUUAUCAUCGGAUUUUCACAUUUCGUGCUUGGCAUCAUUCCCAUCGUGACGCCCGUACCAGCGUUGAUGGCUUUGGGUAUCUCCUCGGCCAUUGGUGCCAUUUUCACAAGUGCCAUCCCUGCCUUGGUUAAGAGCCAUCAGAUGGCGACAGCUUAUGGGAUCUCGGUAUCGUCAAUGAAUCUCGCGUUUUCAGUAUUUCCAUUGAUCGUGGCAAAGCUAAUGACCGUGGAUCCGUCUAUUUACACAUACGUUGAGAUUUUCUUUUCAUGUUGCGGAUUCGGUGGGUUUUUCUUGGCCAUUCGAUUGCGAUGCCUUGAUAUUUACGGGGAUCUGGACCGCAGAGAGAUUGACAACAAGGCUAACAUGUAG